AAACCAAAUGCCAUUCGUGUUGUCAUAUUUUUGACCUGUGUGAAUUCUUGAUAGUGGCGUCUGACGUGAAAUUUAUUGAAUAAAUAAAAAAUGGACUUCGCACUCACCUGGUGUAGGAUUUACAUUUCACUUGUUAAGCAAAUACUUCAGUUUUUACAAUAAUUCAAUAUUAAAAGCUCAAAGUCGCAGUAAAUUAGUAUCAGAAAGGCCACAGGAAAGGUGCCUAUAGAACUUUUGUACACACAUGGAGAUAUCGCUUCAAGAAGUUCAAUAAAUCAGUGCAAUCAAUAAACCUUAUGAAUAAUUAAAUAUAUCCAUUGAUGAAACGAUAAAUGUGUGGGCAGUGCAGGAAGGAGGCAACAAAACAAUUGUAAAGUUUACAUUUGGAAACAAUCUGGGAAACAAUACAUCUUUAAAACAAACCAUUUGACGACCUUCUCAAGCUCUUAACAACCUCAAAGCCGCAAUACUCUACAAUAUUUGAAGAUGUUUGGCGGCCUGCGUGACUUUAUUACACGUCAUCGUCGAAAAUUUAUAGUUACAGGCGUUGUUAUUGGAGGCACAUUCAUAGCAAUCAAAUAUGCACAACGUAAACUCAUUGAAUUCCAAGAGCGACAAGCACGCGAGUUUUUCGAGAAGACUAGGCGUAUGCAGCAUUUUGAGUCGACGGAACGCACUUGUAACAAAGUAAUCAUUGGCAUGAGCGCCGAGCUAUAUGCUGCAAUAAUACGCGAGUGCAGUACCGAUUCCCUGCUCGAGAAGCUGCGUCAAAAUCCUCCAAAUAAGCUGGAGUUAUGGGAAGAAAUGAAAAUUGUUGCAUUCACGAGACUCACCACCUUUAUUUAUGCCUCCUCAAUGCUAGUCAUUGCCUUGCGGGUGCAACUAAAUCUGCUCGGUGGAUAUUUGUACCAAGAUAUUACAACGGAAAAGAAACAAAUUUCAGAAGGUCUGAAAGAACAGUACCUGUCAAUCAUACGACAUUUCAUACACGAAGGUGGCCUAAGCGAGCUAGUACGCGUGAUACGCUCAAAGGUGCUGAUGAUUAUGAAACCAUUGCCUUUGACAAAACGUUUCAGCCUUGCCGAUAUGGAACAACUCUUCUGGACUUUACAAAUGGCCAUCAACAGUGAUGUGUGUGAUCCAAAUGCGAAAAUGGCUACAUAUUUGCUACCUCCACAGGUGCCAGAAUACAAUACAGUCGGGCCACUUUUACAGAAAAUGUAUAGUGAAACACUGGAUCUACUUGAGAGCGAUGACGCCUCAUCAGUAUGUGCAAAUAACAUUUGCCGGGGCUUUUCAUUGGCCGUAGAUGCAAUUGCGGAGAAUUUGGGUGAAACAUUGGCGCUGGCACAGCAGCACGCAGCAAGCACAGAAAAGUCGAAAAAUAUGGAAAGCGGCGAUGUUGCAUCAGGAAAAGAAAAUAGUGUACUCAAUAUAAAUAGGGCAGAAAUGGCACUAGCUAAAAUUAUACCCAUUGUGAGUGGUUUAACUGCGAAGGGAUUCGAUGAGUCGUCAAGGCCACAAAAUUUAGCUACCUCAUUGAUCACAUUCUAUGUUGUCGACGAGAAAAGCAAAGUAUUCGGCGCGAAUGUAUAUGAAACAUUUGGCUCCACAUAAGCUAUCAAAUAAAAUUAGGCGCAACAAAUGGAAUGCCUAUAAACCAGAAUUGUGCAUAUGACUGCUUACAAAUUUUUUAUAAACAUAUGUACAUAAUAUGUAUAUUUUCCAACCUAUGCGAACAAAUAUGAGUCCAUUAGUUUGGAAAAGCACUUUGACAAAGAAGGCUAUAAGCGGACUAGUGAGUGGCAUUAUGAGUUCAAAAAUGAGUAGCUUAAGCCAAGAAAGCAUUAAUUAAAAAUAAAAAUUGUUGCUUAAAAUUAAAGUGAACACCCAUUUAGUGCUCUUAAAACUAUGGCAUUAAAUCUGUAGCUGUAAACCGGGAUAUAAGUUUUUCAGCAAGACAAUUUAAAAUUUGUUUGUCAUACUACAAAAUCAGCAAAGCGCUCGUCCUACUUAGCGUAGAUUUCAUUCCAAAAAAAAAAAAAACGAAAUAAAGAUUUGUGUACUCAAU